CUCAAAAACCAAAAUAUUGCCGGAAAUCCUUCAAUGUGUCUUAUUUGCGAAUGUGUCACAUUGUGCGGUAAACAAUCCACAUUGUUUACAAAAAUUCUUUCCACAGGACGAUGAAUGAGAAAAAGGUGCAAAUAAAUAAACGCGGAAAAGGCCGUGUGAGUCGCGAGGAAAUACAAGACUGGAGUAAAGAGGAACUCAUAUCCAAAGUCUUACAACUGGAUGCGUACAAUUUUCAAAUCCGGAAUUUAUUACAAAAGAAGUUGGGACAAAGUGAUGGAGAAUUUUAUGAGCAGCUCGCCAAACUAGAGGCCGGCGAAAGUCCAACUGUGAAUAAUGUACCAGAGGUUGGUCAAACGAAGUCAAACCAAAAACCACAUAAACGUAAAUUUGACUUUAAGAAUAGCCACAAGCGGCACGUGCUGAUGAAAUUGCUCUAUUUCGGCUGGGAUUAUCACGGCUUGGCAGUACAGGAAGAUUCAAAUGCUACAAUAGAACACCAUCUAUUCCAGGCACUCAUUCGCACUUGUUUAAUUGAGUCUCGCGAAACCGCACAUUACCACCGUUGUGGCCGUACAGACAAAGAAGUAAGCGCCUUCUGUCAAGUCAUCUCCAUAGACUUGCGUAGCAAAUAUACGCCGGUACAGCAGCUACAACCUGAAUCGCUGGCUAAUGAAAUUGACUAUUGCGCGCUGCUGAAUCGAGUGUUGCCGCGCAACAUACAAGCUGUAGCAUGGAUGCCACUGCGUAGCCCGGUGUACAGCGCGCGUUUUGAUUGCGUUGAACGGACAUAUCGUUACUACUUUCCAAAAGGUGAUUUAUGCAUCGAAUCAAUGCAAAUGGGCUGUGAAUUGUUGGCGAGACAUACAGACUUUCGAAAUUUCUGCAAAAUGGAUGUUAAUAAUGGCGUGACAAAUUAUAUAAGGCAGAUAUUUAAGGCUAGUGUUCAGCGGUGUGAGGUAGAACAGAAUGACGCUGAUGAUGAUAAAGAUGGCUACGCCAUGUAUAUGCUGGAGAUCAGGGCAAAUGCUUUUCUGUGGCAUCAAAUACGUUGCAUUAUGGCUGUAUUGCUGCUCAUUGGCGAAAAGAAAGAGGAGCCAGAGGUCAUAAAUGAAUUGCUUGAUGUGCAGAAAAAUCCAUGUAAACCACAGUAUACACCCGCCAUUGGUUUGCCAUUGAACCUCUUUCAUUGCGAAUUUCGUAAAAACACCAUACAACCCGCUAAUACUGAAUCAAAUAGUGAGCACUCAGCACCGCCAGCAGAUGAGGAGCAUACCACCACUUGGAUAUAUGGCGAGGAACAUCUACAAAAGCUUAUUGAAGCAGUGCAAGGUGAAUGGAUGCAGUAUAACAUAAAAAGUACUAUGAUACGCGAUGUGCUACAUCAGUUAGAACAGAUACAGCGAAGGGAGUAUAAAAACUCGGCACCUGUGCAGGCCCAGGCUUGGUUGCUGCAAGACGGCGUGCGGCCACGUCAAUAUCAACAGCUUUUAAAUCGCAAACGUUGUGAGAGCUUGGAGAACCGCAUUGAGCACUUCAUAAAGAAGCAGCGUUUGGUUGUUACUGAGGAACCAGCAACGAGAAGUAGCCAAAUUAUAAAAAGUGAUACUUAUAAAAAGUGA